AUGGUACUUUGGCGCCGGAAUUCCACGGCGGCGGCGGCGGCGCCGCCGCCGCCGCGGCCACCGAGGGGCACCUUCCUGGUGCUCAAUCUGAGUACCAACACCGUCGGGCUCGGGAACUCCAGCUAUUUCCAGUCCUUUCCCCAACUGGAGGCCACUCCCUCCGCCGCUUCCCAGGCCACUGUCGCCGGCGAUUACCCAACGGAGCACCGCCGGCGAUUACCCAGGAUUCCCAGUCACCGGGGAAGGAAGGAUGAAAACACUGGGAGGAGAGAGGAAGGCUCGUUGCCCCCUGUCGCGAAUCCGUGUUCUUCAGCGCGACAGCAGCCGGCGGCGCUCCCCCACAGCUCCGUUGUCGAAGAGACGAAGAACGCUUCCUCCGGUACGGCGCCCCCGCCGGCGUACCUGGUCAACCUUCUGGAAUUCUUCGGCUGGAUGGUGACCUCCCGCGAGGGCGGCGAAGCGAUCUACACCUCCCCGGAGGGUUCCGCGUAUUACUCCAUGGCCAAAGCUUUCGAGAAAUUCGUCGGAGAUUCUUCACAGAAAAAGGAGACAGCGCGAAGCUCGUCCCAGGCUUUUCAUGGCGGAGGCGCCGGGGUUCAUCGCCCAGACGUGGCGGAGAUUAAGCUGAACGAGCGAGAGGGCAGAAAGAACGGAGACGACGUUGAUAUAAUCUCUGUUAUAGAUGUUACAGAGCAAGCGAUACCUCGAGGAUCGCGCACAGACCAGUUGGGAGGAAGACGAGGAACCAUUGAAGAAGACGAUGGGGUUUCCUUGAAUCUUUCCGGAGAAACAGAGCACCCACCGAAGAAGGUGAACCAGGUGGAGAUCAAGGAUCAUUCUGCCUCUGAAAGGGAGAUCAAUCCGGAAAGAAAACGUGAGAGAAACUUGGUGGGCUCAUCUGUAAUGCCAGGUGGGGGUUUGGUGAAGAACGACGGGGGGAAGUUUACCUUUCUUGUCAGCGGAGAAAUGAGAUAUCGGGACAAAGUCAACCACUUUACGGGAGUCAACGAGAAAUCUGAUGACAUGGGUAUGGAACCAUCAACCAAGAGAUACUUGUGUGAGAAAGAGCAAUGUGUUCUUCCCCACAGAGGAAGAGAUACAGAGGCGGGAGUUGACCCUUGUUUCCAAGAUUUCUCCACGCUUGCGACAUAUCCUUUGACUUCCAGAAACACUGACAAGCCACAAGAUUCAACUAGCCCAGAAGCUGGAAUGCACGACGAAGUUCAACAUCUUUUCUCAAAGGAGACUCCUUUUUCAGAAGAGAUAGAUCGUGGAAUACCAAGCACCCAGAUUGAAAUGGAGAGCAGAUCAUUGAAGAAGACUGAGAGGACCAAAAGAAGGGGCUCGAAGAGAUGUCUGCGACCAAGAAAUAACCUAAUCGACUUGGUUCAUGCGAGAAGAAGGAACCCAGGAGAUGCUUCUGGUCUAAGUGGGAAGAGGAGGCAGCGAAGUGGAUGUGGUCUGACGGUGAGGAAAAAUGAGGAUGAUGCCCAGGUAGGCAUGAUUCCCCAAGGAAGAAUUACCGCAUUAUCAUGGCUGAUUGAUGCUGGAAUCCUGUUCGAAAAUGGUAUUCUGGUUCACAAAGUCAACGACAAUGGAGGCGAUCAGGUGAGGGGCUUGGCUACCAGAGACGGCAUCUGGUGCAGCUGCUGCGAGAAGACCAUGCCCCUCCUUGAGUUUGACUCCCACGCUGGUAGCGACCUCGGUCAACCAUGGUAUGAUAUUUGCCUUGCUUCUGGGAAGUCGUUGAUGCAGUGCCAGAUGGAGGCAUGGGAGAGAGAGAGGAAGCUGAGGAAGGUUGACUUUCAGACCAUUGAAGUUGGCCUGGAUCCAAGUGAUGAUUCCUGUGGGGUCUGCGCUGAUGGCGGGUACCUGAUUUGCUGCGACAGUUGCCCUUCCACCUUCCACCAGGACUGCUUACAGCUGAAGGUACGUACCUCUUUCUUUCUCUUAAACUGUCGACAUCCGUUGACUUUCCUCCUCCAUCUCAAUGAACCCCUGCUCAUUUUGGGCCCCAAUAAUUCAAGAAAAAAGUGAAAUUUGGUCGAAUAUCCAUCACACAGAAAAAAAUUGGUCAUCCUGUUGGUAUUGCUCUAAAGAAUAUUCCAAUUAUCUUGGAAUUCUGAUUUUUUUUCAUAAUCAGAAAUUAUCUGGAUAAAUGAUUAUUUUCAAAAAUUAUGUUUUUUUCUGACUUUCUUGCUGUGUACAGGCCUUGCCUGAGGGAAGGUGGCACUGUCCGUACUGUACAUGCACAUUCUGCUCCGUGUCUGAUGGAAAGAAGGAGACUUUAUCCCUGUUCACAUGCCAGCAAUGUUAUCGCAAGUGUUAGUAUAGUGAUAUUUUCUCUUUUAACUUAAUCAUUUUGCGUAUAAAUAACACGUUUGUGAUGGUUUUUGGCUCUAGAUCACUGGGAAUGCACCAGAGAAAGCCAGAUUCCUGAAAAGCUUGCAGAAUCCCUGUUGUUCUGCGGGGAAGACUGCAAGCAGGUAUCCUAUAUUUUCUUAUUUUUUGACGAGAAAAAGAGCAUGAUUGAUAUCCUCCAUCGAUCAUGGAGUCGUUGACUUUUCUUAACCCCGGAAGUGAUUUUCUGUGAUUCGUGAACUGCAGGUUGAUGCUGCAUUAUUUCGUUCCCUGGGCAUCGUGAACAAGAUCGGGGAGGGCUUAUCUUGGGUUCUGCUCAAGCGUCUCGAGGAACAGGAGGAAGUCAACUCGGAUGAGCGAGUGCUUCUCACCAUGGAAUGCAACAGGAGGCUCUCGAUGGCGCUCUUGGUCCUCAACGAGUGCUUCAUGCCUGUGGUUGACUUCAGGACUGGCGUGGACAUGAUAUCCCAUGCGGUUUUCAACUGCGGGUACUUCUGAGAUUCUCUUGUGAUCAUUAAAGCAUGCAGCCGGUGCAUUGAAAUGCAAUAAUUUUGAUCUUUUUUUUUUUUUAAAUUACAGGUCAAAUUUCAAGCGCCUGCAUUAUGCUGGGUUUUAUACGAUGAUCUUGGAGAAGGAUGACGAGAUCAUCUCAGCUGCCUCCCUGAGGUCUGUGAUUAUCCCAGCGUUGACUUGGCUUCACCAGCUCGUAGCCACACACAAGAUCAUGCAUGUUUCUGAUGCGUGAUUUUAAGGUGCUCACAGAAAUCCGUUUAAUGGCGUCAUGCAGGUUCCAUGGAAGACGUUUGGCGGAGAUGCCGUUCAUGGGAACACGGCCCAUGCACCGGAGGCAAGGCAUGUGCCGCCGCCUUCUCACUGCCAUCGAACAGGUUGACCAGCCAGCUUCUAACAGGAUCUUAUAUAAAUAGUAAAAUUCAGGUCUUCUUCUUCGAUCUGAAUUUUACUCUUUAUAGAAAAUUCGCAUUAAAAAGAUCCACCUUACAGUCGGUUGUUUCCUCCGGCAGCUUCUGUCAUCGCUGCGCGUGGAGAAGCUGAUGAUUCCUGCCGCGGGAGAGCUGCUGGAGACGUGGAUUGACUCAUUUUCCUUCGAACCCCUCGAGGAGUCGGACCGCGAAGAGAUCAGAAGCCUCAGUCUGGUGGCCUUUCCCCAGACCUUUCUGCUCAAGAAAUCCAUCCCCACCACACCAGGAGCCCAUGCAGGUAACGAUCGCGUCUUCUCCUUCCUCGUAGUCAGCGUCUUCCAUGGCGUAAUCUCGCGUUGGCGCAGAUUGUGA